AUGAAAAGCGACGAUGAGACGGCGAAACUAGCUUCUACGGAGGAGGAAACGAGAGACGAAGAUGAAGAAGACGAAGACGAAAGCGACACCGAUAGCGGACGCGCGUGGAGUGUCGACACAGAAGACGAAGACGUCGUGAGACCUACUAGAAUUAAUUACUUAAACAUGAAAGAUCCGGAACCAGAGUGGGAUGUGGACAGCUUCGAUGGUUACGAAUGUUACGACUCUGAUGACCGUAAAAGCUUCUCCGACGACGAGGACUACGAAGAGUUCCGCCAAUUUAAGAUCCAGGCCUGGAAGAAUAGGGGCUUUUUUGAAGAAGAUCCAUUCAGGUUCAUCUUCCCCCUUACUGAUCUGGAAGAACCUUGGAUUGACAUGACCACCAGGGAAUAUUUGGCUUAUAUUGCCUCUUUAUGUGUUAAGAAACUCAAUGAGGAGAAGAGUACGGCUGUGGAGUUUGUAAGAAUCGUUAGAGGCAAUAUGAAAAUAGGAGAUGGGUGGAAGCUAUACAUUACCUUUAUGGCUCGAGAGUAUCCCAAUGGUCCUCACUGGACGCGCAUGGAGUGUCGAUCAGAAGAUGAUGAAGGAGUCGUGAGGCCUCCUAGAACUAAUUAUUUAAUAAACAUGCAAGAUCCGGAACCGGAGUGGGAUGUGGACAGCUUCGAUGGUUACGAAUGUUACGACUCUGAGGACCGUAAAAGCUUCUCCAACGACAAGGAAUACGAAGAGUUCCGCCAAUUUAAGAUUCAGGCCUGGAAGAACAAGGGUUUUUUUGAAGAAGAUCCAUUUAGGUUCAUCUCCCCUCUUCCUGAUCUGGAACAACGUUUUAGAAACAUGACCACAAGGGAAUAUUUGGCGAAUAUUGCUUCCUUGUGUGUUAAGAAACUAAACGAGGAGAAGGGUUCGACUGUGGAAGUUGUAAGCAUUGUGAGAGGCAAUCUAAAAGCAGGAGAUGGGUGGAAGCUAGGAGAUGGGUGGAAGCUGUACAUUACGUUUAUGGCUCGAGAGUUUCCGAGUGGGCCUCUCGUGGAAUAUCAAGCAAAGGCCAUGGACUUUGCAGGAGGCCAAGAACCUCCCUUUCCUAUUCUCUGCAGACCAGCCCCUACCAUCUCUCCUGAUACAAAGACUUGCAUAUGUCACGCCGUGGUCUCAGAUGAGAUUGGGAGUAAGUAG